AUGACCAUCGAGCAAGAUCCUGUUCAAUAUCUUAAAUCUAUAUCCUCUGUGCGUGACACGACAUCGCAAGUCUACAAUUAUGCUAAGAGUAAGGGUGAGGGCAACUACUUUACCCUUGACCUCUCCAAGAUGCCUGCUGUAGUGGACUUCUUGUGUGGCAUAAUUGGCCGCGACUACCAGACGAAUUACUCGAGCAUUCCACCCCACGGCCGUUGGCAACACCUCAACUGUGGAGGCGAACAACGCGUGGAGUCACUGAUCGCGCAAUGGAGAGGAAGCGGCGUUGACGAAAUCGAGAUUGCUCGAAAGCUUAUUGAUCUCUUUGUGUUUAGUGUUUUAAUUGAUGCUGGCGCUGGAAAUGUUUGGAAAUACACGUCGCCAGACUCAUCCCGCGUCGGAAGAUCAGAAGGUCUUGCUGUGGCGUCGUAUUACCUGUUCAUUGAAGGCGCUCUUUCAGCAGACAAGCAGGAUCCUUAUAAGGUCAAUGGGCAGAAAUUGAAAGAGCUCACCAUGGAUCAGUUCGUUAAGGGGUUUCAAAUAUCUGAUACCAAUCCAAUGAGUGGAGCUGAAGGUCGUCUCAAUUUGAUUCAGAGGCUCGGGGUGGCCUUGGUAUCAAACAGCGAAAUCUUCGGCCCUGAAGGUAGACCUGGUGGCAUUGUUGAUUACCUAUAUGGUAAAAGUACUGAACAAGAUGGCACGUACGUUGUGGAUUUGAACGAUGUUUGGAAUGCACUCAUGGACGGGCUCACUAGCAUUUGGCCCAUGGGGAGAACAACUGUUGAAGGCAAGCCGCUCGGUGAUGCGUGGCGUCUUGAUACGAAGGCAGAUGUUUCUGCUGCAGCAGGGGCAGCUAACUCAGAGAUCAGUGAUAUUGUUACAUUUCACAAAUUAACUCAAUGGCUUUGCUACUCCUUGUUGGUUCCACUCGAACAAUUUGGCUAUAAGUUCACAAUAAAGCACAAGGACUUACAAACUGGGUUGCCCGAGUACAGAAACGGUGGCCUAUUCUACGACUUCGGCGUGCUACAGCUGAAGCCAGAAGCGCUGAAGCGCGGCCUCGCGCUCUCUAACAAGCUCGGUACUGUCUCGGCUAACAUUCCCUCUUUCGAACCUCAUGAUGGAGCCAUAGUCGAAUGGAGGUGCAUGACCAUCGGACUACUAGAUGACCUCCUGCCACUGGUAAAUGAAAAGCUGCAAUAUCAAUUAUCGCUUCCACAGCUUAUCGAGGCAGGGUCUUGGAAAGCAGGAAGAGAGAUAGCCGCACAAAUGAGACCUGAAACCAACGGCCCACCAAUAGAACUGUUCAGCGAUGGGACUGUAUUUUAA